AUGUCCAUCGGAAAAUCUUCUGUGCCACAUAAUGUAUUAGAACUGGAAGAUAAUGAUUUCUUUGAAUUUGUGAAAUUUUUCUCCGGUGCAAAACUGGCAAGUCUUAUUGAAUUUCAAGAUAUUAAUACUGCACAAUGUCUACUUGCUUGCGAUGAUCCAUUUUACAUUCUUUCAUUAGACUCAGAUGAUUUACUCGAUUUGCAAAAGAAGACAUGCGUAAAGUUAAACAGUAAUGGUUUUGUUGUAUUAUCUGGUUUAACAUGUAAAAUGAAGUUUUUGAAAGGUGCAUUGUUAAGAAAACGUAAUGAAUUGAAAAAAAAAGCAAAAAUUCGUACAAAUGUUAAUACAACAAUUGAUACAUCAUUAAGUAAUCAAGUUAUGAACAAUGUUACUAAUUUAACACAA